AGAGUUUUUCAAUUUAACAGAAUAUACUGAGGUGCAGAUCGAAAUUUCUGAGAUAAGCCUGAUCACAACUGAAAUGACGUUCUUGUUCUUUGGAAACAUUGCUGGGUCCCUUGUUGUUGGCUGGUUGGUGGAGAGAUUUGGCAGGAAAGGUGCAUUAGUGAUAACUAACUUUUUAUGCAUUACCUCUUCUGUGAUAUUGCUUUUUUCGCGUAAGAUAAGAUUCUAUGGAUGCAUCCUCUUCACCUUCUUCUAUAGUGGAAUAUGUUCAGGAAUAAUCUUCGGUGUUGUCCCUCUGUAUCUUCUUGAGAUUUCCCCUAAAAGCCUGAGGGGAGGCAUAACCAUGAUGCAUCAUCUAUUUUCUUCUCUCGGUUAUCUGUUGUUUGAGAUACUUGCUCUUAAGCAACUUCUUGGGGCCCCACAAGGUCUCUCAAUUCUGGCAACCUUUCCUGUAAUCAUGCCAGUACUUCAGAGUUUCGUGCUGCCCUACCUUCCUGAAAGUCCUAGGUAUCUUUUCAUCCAGAGGAAGGAUGUAGUGAGUGCAAGACAAGCACUGAAGAAGCUAAGAGAAAGGGAUGAUGUGGAGGAUGAAAUUCAAGAGCUGAAGCUGGAGGACAUCACUGAGAAGGAAGAAAAGAAUAUGAAUCCUCUAAAACUGCUGAGGACCCCAAGCCUACGACGAGAAGUGUUCCCCAUAGUUGCCUUGAUUGGUGGAGAACACCUCAAUGCCCUCAAUUCGGCAUACUAUUACUCAGAAAGAAUCUACCUGGCUAUGGGAGUAGAAAUAGAUAACCUCCAGCUUACUGUUAUAGGCGGAGUUGCUUUUUAUUGCUGUGCAACUGCAUUUACGGUCUAUCUCACUGAUUCUAAGGGGCACAGGUUGAUGCUUCUCAUUGGCUUUGGAAUGUGUAUCAUUUCCUGUGUUCUGUUAACCCUGAGCCUAGAACUACAGGCCACCAUCCCAGAAAUGGUGUAUUUCAGCUCAGUUGUUGACCACUUGUUCAUCUUUGGAGAAGGCUUAGGAACAGGUCCUAUUCCAACUGUAAUUGUGAUGGAGUUGUUUCUUCAGUCAUCUCGGUCAUCAGCCCUUGUGAUUGCAGGAAUAGUGCAUUGGUUAACGAGCUAUCUUGCAGACAUGACAACCAUUUAUGUGGAGGCAUAUAUUGGAGCCUUCAUUUUCCUUCUUUUCUGGCCUAUCUCUGUAGCCACAAUUUUUUAUAUCUUCCGGUAUGUCCCAGAAACGAAAAACAGGACCUUUGUGGGUAUCAGGAGACGCACAGCAUUGAAAAAGGCCGUGAAGAUCCACAUCCAGAAGCAGGCGGCAAAGUAGAAACUCAGGAAGCACCCCUUUGGGCAGAUUGUUUGUUUGUCUAUUAAAUAGAUUUUUAAGACUAA